AUGACGUUAUGGCAAGAAGGUAGGACUUUAAACUUAUAUUCGUGAAUCAGGUUAUGAUAAAUUGGUGUCAUUUCCCAAAUAAGUGUUGAUCUUCAAAAUCGUUUUAGAAAUAGAAAAAGCGGUAUGAGAAGCCCUUAUGGACACAAUCAGAGAGUGCUUAUAUAUUUUAUUACCAGCAAUUUAAGAGGAGCUGUUAUGAUACAAAUAUGAAAUUUAACUCUUAACGAUUCGUUUCGAGAAAUUUAGAGUUUCAGCUGUUUCUAGCUCUCUAUAUAUCAAAGCAUAAACAUGUCAUCAAGUCUUUGGAUUUAGAGUUAAUUCAGCGUUUUUGUGCUAAUCAACUACUUCAGAAAGCGCGCUGAAAAAUACACAAAGCUGCGAUUAUAGCACAAACAACUUUAAAACACAGCAGGUGGCAAACCAGCUGGCAAACAAGCUGGCAAACAAGUUAUUAAAAUUGAAACGAUAUGAUCGCAGUUGUCGUCUGGUUUCUGCAUUCGGAUCUCAGUGUGAGUUUUCAACAUAGGAUGAUUGGAUGAUUGGUUUUUGUGUUGUUACUUAGCUGUUUAAUAUUUUUGGGAUUUGUUAUGUGACAACGAGCGCCAUUGAGAACAUCUACUGUACGGCAAGGCUUCGGUAAGGCCCAAAGGGCAUGCUGGUUAACUAAUGUUAGAUAGAGAUGUGGAUUUUUUGCCGGUUUCCACCAGCAGUUAUUUUGAAUCUUAAAUUCUCAUGCAAUGCUUGUCUCCUUUAUAUCAAAAUAAGUGAGACUACUCCAUCUAUUUAUGACAACGGAUAAAUUUCGAUAUAUCAUCAAUGAUUAAUCAACAAUCAAGACAACUCCUAAGUAAGCAAGACUUUAAAAUUAGGAGUCUCCGGGUCGGUGAAAAAUUUGUGCUGAAUUUUGACGUAGUUUAGCUGUAUCACAAACUAUAUAAAUAGACAAAAGCGGUAAUAGUAUACUUUCGACUGCAAAAACCUUUGGCUUAAGACGUCAUUUGGAUGGAGCAUGUAGCUAAACUUCUUUAUUUCCUAGUGAGAAAAAUCUGCUAGAAUGGACACCAUUCCAAAACAGACAGGACCUGUGAUUUGCUUGUUCUUUAUUUGUGGACGUCUCAUUUUGGGACAAGACCCUUACGUCUAUUUUGAGAAGAACUGGUGCCGAGAACGCACCCUUCGAACUGAUUGGCGGACUUACACUCACUCGUGUCCGAGUUACUCGCGACAUUGGGCUUACGAGAUUUGGUCGGACGACUUCAAGACUCAUCCCAACCUGAGUUUUAUUUCAGGGGCGGAAAUCAAUCCUGCAGGACAUUUUAGCAAGAUAUAUAUACAGUCUGUGACAGUUCUGAACCGGACAAAGGCGUUCGGUGGAGAUGCAUGGCGCGUUAGAGUCCAGGGCCCUGCAGAUCUUGUUGCUACCGUUAGCGAUAUGGAAAAUGGUACAUACGAAGCCAAGUUUUUACCCAUGGAACCUGGGACCUACUCCUUACAGAUAACGUUGGACUAUACGCUCUGUCACGGGCUUAAAAACCCGCCUCCUGAUUGGUUUAUGAGAGGUCUGACCAUGUUUCUUGCAUUUCGUAGAGCUAUAUAUAACUUGUUCAUUCUUAUAAGGUUUUUUGCAUGGAUAUUUCAAAUAUUCUUGAUUCUAGGGAUGAAAGGUUUCUUUACUUAUGUAGUUUGGUUUUGUUCUACGCUAAAAAUGUUAACACGUUAAUCGAGUGCUUAUCUGUCUAUUCAUACUCUACCUUCUGACAUAAAUUUUUCUCAACUUCUGAAUCUCGAAAACUUCGUGAUUUUGGAGGAAAGUUAAAAAAAAUAUAAACUUCUUAUAAUAUUGUCGCUGUCGACGCCCUCAGUCGCAAUUGACGCAACAGAGCCUUUCAAAAAAACGAGCACAAGUAAAGCAACAUUGUUACAGAAACAAAUUGAAUAUUUUUUUAUGGUGAAUUUGGCAGGCUGUCGACACGGAUCGUUUCAAAGACCAGGAACACUAGCGACAUCGGACGACUAUAUAAAUAGACCACUUUAUUAUGGAGCAUAUUUCACGGUCCAAGUUCCUCCUACCGUGCCACAGGAUGCCCAGUGUGAGUGAUUAAUUUUCUUUUUAGUCCUGUAUUUAGCUCUUUAGCGCAAAUGACGAUGCAGGAGUAUCAAUUGGAAAACUGAAUUAUCUCAGGUUUAAAAAAGCUCUCGAUUUGCAGACGAUGUAGUACAAAUAUCAUCACGUCGUUCUUUGAUGGUUCUCCUUAAUAAUAUCACGUUACUAAGCUCAAUGUUUUUCUUUUUCCCAAUAGAUUUAGACUCUCUGUUCAGCAGCAGUACCCAGUGGUGUUCUGAGGGAUGCAACCUUCUUUUGGACGGUUUUGGAAGAUGGGUGAACAACAACUGGUUACCAUAUAAAACCAGUAGGUUGACAAGUGUGUUUGAGUUGCCUACGCACAAAGGAAUUAAUUUUGCACAAAAUAUGACUACAUCCUUGAACGUCCUUCUUUCACUCCUAAUUAAAACAUGUAGGUAAAGUAAGGCAAAGGCAGCUGACGAAUCAGAUAGCUCAUCCUGUAAGAGCUCACCGGUUUUUGUAUGAUGAAGGAGCCAAAGAUAUUGCUACUACCUUCUCCCCGGACGAAAAGCUAGUCCAAUAAAGGGUUACCCACCCCUCCUCCAGCUUUUUUUUUUUCAGGCUUCCUUAACAGUUUGGCAAUAAACAAUUAUCUCCCGGGAGGUGAGUGGCGCUAUUUGGUGAGAGUAACGCAAUCAGCCAAAAACACCAAGCAAUACCUGACCAGCUUGGUUCGAGUCCGGAAUUCCGACCUCUAAUCCCGUGCACAAAUCCACUUGAUCGACGAAUUUUGCUAAAUAUUGAAAACAAUAGGUAACACAAUCAAUCUUAGCUCAAGCUGCACCUAAAAUUGUUGAUCCUAAUGACGUCUUUCGGCAGUGAUACAUUUACUUUUUGUGAUUAGAAUUUGUUCUGUUCUGGAUUUCGCCCGUAAGUUACAACUAAUCGAGGAAUCAGAAAGAUUUGCGUAAAACCACAUCAUAUUACUUCAUCAUUCUAGGAAUGCGUUUUGUAUUCUUUCUCCAGCUGACUCCAGCGACCCAAGGUCAGGCCAUAGGCAGGGAUCUGGUGUCUUAUGGAUAUACGGUGACUCGCAUAAUCGACGGUUUUACGAAUCAGUGCAACGCCGACAGCUGUGUUCUCGUGUAUUCCGAGCGUGUUAUCAUACCAAUGUGUGGGUCUACUGGCUGGGAACGGUGAACUCAAAUGAGAUGGAUCUUUGGUAAUGGAGGUAUUUCGUUUCGUGCUCAAACUUCCCUCCUCUUUCAGACAUGAGUGAGAUCUGGAAAAGAGCUUAAACAGCGAUACUGCAUUUCUGUUUCUCAUGUAGUUUUUGGAGACCGACCCAGCAAGUUUAAUUUUACAAUUUUUUUCUCUAUAUAUGGAAAUAAUACUUUGCUCCCAUCUUCUAAUGUUCAAGAGCCUAAUAAACACCGUUGACGUCCAAAUUAUACGCAACUCUCCCCACCCCUGGUCCCUGGUCCCUGUACCCCUAUCGUUGUUAAAAACGGUAAAAUAAACCUUAGUUCAUUUUAAACGUAGCCAACUGAUAACAGAUGAAUGUAAGAAUCAAAUCUAAUGGACCAAUGGUAAAUCGUUAAAGAUACAAGUGACGAGCUGAAAACGUGUGAAAACGCGCGUGAAAAAAUCGUGAUGGUUUUAGAUUUUACGUCGGACAUGUGCGAUUGUUGAAUAAGAAGUGAGCUCACUACUACCAAGUCCUCACUUAUUGGUCUCUGGCUAACUCAAAGCGACGAAGGGCAUGAAGAAAAGGCUGGGGACGAGUUAGGAAAGCGUGAAGUGAAAUAACAAAUGUAUUACUUUCUCUUCCUAGUUACGGAGGCCAUGAUCUAAAUGUGACACAAGUCCUGGAAGAACUGCGCUCAAUUGUAACGCAGCCAUUAAUGGAUGAAGAUAGCGCUUUGGUACUUAACACAGGAGUCCAUCUCUUAAAAAGCACAAGUUUUAGAAAUUACCAAAAGAUAAUUAAAGGUUUCAUUCGUGUUUUGAAACAGAGCUAUCGAGGAAGGGUUGUUUGGAAGACAACACCCUCCCUCGGGAAACAGACUGAGCUCUACACGGGUUGCUGUCGACGUUUUCACACUGAGCAGGUAAAGAAACUGCACUCUCUACACUCCUCCUAUUUCCCCGAAGCAAUGAUGACGGAACGUGGAGAAAAAAAAAGCACCUUUGUUCAAAAUUUAAGCCCCUUUUGAUACCUUAAUUAUCAGACAAUUACCUCUAAAAUGUCUUGAAAUCUGUAUAAUAAUUUACGAUGCCCAUUGUAGAACAAAACAGAAACCAAAACAAAAAUCACAAUAACCUUUCUUUCAGAAAGAACUGAAAAACUCUCGUUUUAUUCCGUGCCACGCCCCAUAUCGCUUAAAUCUCUUGUUGUCGUCUUAAGUACGAACCCGCGUCGAAAGAAAAAAACAUUUAUAUUUGCAGGCAUUGUACUGUAGGCUACGUUGCCACUUUGUUUUUAUAUGCUUUCUUGUUUAUUUGUUUGUCUUCUUUUUAGAUAGUUAGAUUUAGACUCUAAAACUUUUAAAAUGAAUUUUACAGCGAAUUCAACUGUUCAACGCCUACGCCAUGAAGAAAAUGUGUGAAGCUGGUAUCCCUGUCUUAGACGUCUACCAGAUUAGCGCAGCAUACCCAGGAGGCACUACUGACGGCGUUCACUUUCCGCCGUUUGUGUUCUACCCAGCAGAAGAUGCCUUGGAGAGAUACUUUACGACAUGA